GCUCAAUGUGCGAAGCAACACAGUGAGGCUCUGCCUGUUCCGUUCAAUUCAGUCUCACUGUCAUUUAACUUCCUUCCUGCCUUUUGUACAUUAAACAAACACACAGCUCUGACGCGACGUGUCGAACAGCGCCGAGCGACGGACUACAACGCUGCGCGAUGCAAAGUUACAAAGUAACAUUUAUUUAAAUAGACAAAAGAACUCGCGCAACGUAACCCGACAGCGCGCGAGCUGCAGUUAUUAUUCUGCUACGUUUCCAAAAGACGCGAACUGGGAAGAACAACGAGAAUAUAAACGAAAGAGUUUGCAACAAGGAUCCGAUCAAACCAAGAUCCUCAGAUGUUUGACAUCAGCGUGGUCGUGGCCGAGGCCUCGCAAUCGUUGCUGUUUGCAUGGUAAAAAGAUAAAGCAUCUCCGCUAAGGAGGACUCACCGGUGGAUAUUAUAUCUGAAUGAGCAAAGGAUCUGGGAUUGUAUUGGACCGUGCAUGCUGGCUUUCCUUCAGUCCCUCCUGAUGAUGGUUGGCUUUAAAGGCCAGUGGACUGUGGAUGAAAAGAACUAAAUGGGAGCACAAAAGGACAGAGCCGGACUGCCACUAUGGCAGCUUAUGCUCUGAACAGCCUGGUAAUGAUGAACCCCAACAAUCUGACCAAAAAUAGCAGUCCUCGUACAGGAAGGCCUGUUCUCCCGGUGCCCGCUCCCUCUGUACGUAGCCCAGUGCUGGGGGGCAACGGAGGCACCUACAGCCCAGGCAUCAUGAGCCCGGGGUCUCCGGGAAAAACCUUCGUCUACCCAACUGUUACCAGUCCUAGAAGUCCGAGGGCACUUUCUCCAUGUCGACCGCCUGAACUGCUGGGGGUGAACGUGGGCAGUCGUGUGCGCAGACUGAGCGGGUCGGAUCAAGAUAAAGAGCAGGAGAGCGAAGAGCGUCGUGCUGCUCAGCAGCAAGAGAGAGACAGCGAACUGAAGAACGUGGAAGUGAACAAAACAGUGGGCCUGUUUGAGGCGCACAUCUCGGCUCGAGCUCACAGCAGAGAGGUCCAGCGAAGUCCACGGAUUUCAAGGAGAUCUAGCCCAACUGUUUCCCCGACAGCUCAACUUGGCAGACUCUCCUUAAACGCAGAGGAAACACUUUUGGAUAACAAGGAACAAACGACGGGGAUCCCCAAAGAACUGCAAAAUGGAAAAGGAUUUUGUUGCCCGGAGGGGGGGCUGCAGGUCAGCAGCGGUGAGGAGAAGAACGGGGCCAACCCAAAUAGGGAAGAGGGCGGCCCACUUGAGAGCAGAUCAGCUGGAACUAAGAGGGAAGCUGACGGCCGUAACGACAGGACUUCACAAGAGCUUAACAGCAAUUUGACUGCCAGCGAUAACUCGGCAUCUUGGACCGAGACAUGUUUGACAAAGGCUGAGCGGACAGAAACCCAGGGAGAGCCGGACGGGGGCAGCCCAGAAGUGGGCGCCAUCCCCGCUGUCAUUAUCACGGACCACGGCAUGGAGGUCAGCGGGGACGGCACGGAACCCCAGGUCAGCCCUCAACCUUCCAGAGCUUUGAGGAAGCUCUCCUCUUCCUCCGCUUCUUCAACGGGUUUCUCGUCUUCCUGGGAGGAAUCGGAGGACGACAUCUCUAGCGACCCUGAACGGUCACCAGCCUUCUUACAGACUCAACAGAAAGCGCAUAAAUCAUGGAAGAAGAUCAAGAAUAUGGUUCACUGGUCGCCAUUUGUGAUGUCCUUCAAGAAGAAGUACCCAUGGAUCCAGCUGGCUGGUCAUGCAGGUAAUUUCAAGGCAGGUGCUAAUGGUCGUAUCCUGAAGAAACACUGUGCGUGUGAGCAGCAAUGUCUCGACAGGCUGAUGAAAGAUGUGCUGAAACCCUACGUCCCUGCAUAUUUUGGAGAUGUGGAGAAGGAGGGAGAGAAGUACAAUCAGAUGGAGGACUUACUGGUGGAUUUUGAUCUGCCCUGUGUCAUGGACUGCAAGAUGGGUGUCAGGACGUAUCUGGAGGAAGAGCUGACAAAAGCCAGGAAGAAGCCCAGCCUGAGAGCCGACAUGUAUCAGAAGAUGAUAGAGGUGGACCCUAAUGCUCCCACGCCUGAGGAACAUGAACAGAAAGCGGUCACUAAACCGCGCUAUAUGCAAUGGAGGGAAACCAUCAGCUCCACCGCUACGUUAGGGUUCCGUAUUGAGGGCAUCAAGAAAGAGGACGGCACAGUAAACAGGGACUUUAAAAAGACCAAGACCCGGGAACAAGUGACCGAAGCUUUCCAAGAUUUCGUCAAAGGCAACCAGAACAUCCUGAAUUCCUAUCUGGAACGGCUAAAGGAAAUCAAGGAAACUUUGGAGAUUUCACCAUUUUUCAGAACACAUGAGGUGAUUGGCAGUUCUCUCCUAUUCGUCCACGACAAACGGGAACAGGCGAAAAUAUGGAUGAUAGAUUUUGGGAAGACCACUCCGUUGCCGGAUGGGCAGGAGCUGUGCCACAGGGCGACCUGGGUGGAGGGUAACAGAGAAGACGGCUACCUCUACGGCCUGGACCACCUCAUAGACAUUGUUACCGACAUGCUAGCUCCUAAACCCGACUAGAGUUGGAUUUCAUCUUCUCUCCCUGCCCUCGGGCGGGUUGCCCGCACUACAGUUCGAGACCUCUCGGGUUACCCUAAAGCUGUCCUAACCGAUCCCCCAUCUCACCAAAAAGAAAACUGUAAAAAUUUUAAUGCCACGGUGGCCUUUAAUUUGUAUGUAUGUAAACUUGUAGAUGCUGUACAUAUGUAGUGUAAAAGCCAGUGUUUUUUAGUUCAAGAGGUGUGUGAAUAGAGUCUUUGCAGCUAGCGCUUUAACAAACAGGUGAAUUGUUACACUUCUCAUCCACUUUUUAUGCCAGGUCUUUUUGCUAGUGUUACGGAUUUAUGUCAAGCACUUACAGCUACACUUUAGUUUACAAAGGUUUACAUACACCUUGCAGAAUCUGUUUUUAUUAACGAGAGCAAUCACAAAAAAUUUACUUUGCUUUUGAUUUAGUACUGCUGUGAUAAAAGCUAUUUGUCAAUAUAUAAGCUAUAUAUACAUGACAGAUAUUUCCAGAGGACAAAGUAGUUACUGAACUGACAUAAAUUAUACAUACCUUCACAUACUAAUAUUGUCUGUUUGUAGCAUUUUGCGAUACCCGUGGUUUCCCAGCAUGCAAUGCAUGUUUAAGCUCUCUCCACAUUGACUUGAUGUUGAGAUUCAGCUUUGCCACUGCAGACAAUUGAAGGAGUUAAACACAACAAUACAAGCAGUAUGUAAACAAUAUAGUUAAACACAAUCUCAUGGCAAUUCGUAUGUAUUUUACGAGAUGGCUAAUGUGUAUUAAUUUUUGUAGUUAGAUAAAUUUGGAUAUCAUCAGCAUAGCAAAGGAAUUGAAGUCCAUGCUGCGCAGUAUGUCACCGAGUGGAUAAAUGUAUAUGAUAAACGGCAGUGGUCCAAGGACCGAACCGUGGGGAACACCCUGUGAAACUGGAGCUAUGUCAGAUUUAAACCCCUGUAUGGUGAUAUAAUACCUUCUGUCAGUAAUAUACGAGAUAAACCAGGACAGAGCUUACGCCUGUGACAUUGGGCUUAAGCUUAGAGUGUAGUUUUUUUUUUACAACAAAUGUACUCGAACGUACGCACACGGUCGAACGCAUCUUGAAGCGUUGUUUAUUCGUACGUGUACACAGACUCCUGGGCUACAUAUUACAUUCUCCUGUACGUCCAUGCAUGCGCAACCUACACACGUCUAAAAAAAAUAGUGGUGCAUGCGUACUAUUCUGAUAAUGGAAUUUGCAUCACACACUCUGUACGUUGACCCUCACGUAUGCAUAAAAAUGUGACUAUACCCAGCAGGCAUAUGACUGACCUUCAACGUUGAAAUUUGGCUAAAAUAAGGUCAGUUGUUUGUUCAACGUUGAAACAACGUUGAAACAAUGAUGAAUGGUAAACAGUUGCAAAAGGUUAAUAAAAUGCUUAAAAAUCAACAUUAAAAAAUGUCAGUUGGUGUUCAACGUUGAAUAAAUUUGCAAAAUCAAAAGGUAAUUCAACGUUGAUUCAACCUUGUCCUUGACGUUGAUUCAACAGUGAACCAACACUGAAAUGCCUGCUGGGUACUUGUAGCUUUAUGAGUGGGGUUUCAAUAUAAAUAUAUUUUUUUACAUAAUAAUAAAUUAGCCAACUCGAAAAAUCCGUACGAACUGCUGUGAGAUCAAGCUGGAUAGUUUAUGUAAUUUCUUUGUUAUUUUGUCUUGUGAAAUAUAUACUUUGAUAUCUGUUAUGUGGCUUUUGCAGGCAGUACUAAAACACAAAUUUUAUAACAUAUUACAGGUUUUGCAAGUGGUUUGUGAACUUAUGAGCACAGUUGAAGUUUUACAGGUUAUCUUAUAUGUUUUGGAAAUGUUGCACACGUGGCAGAAAAGAUUGCUCGAGUCUGUUUUGGUUUUUUAUUUCACACCUAGCCACCGUUUUUUGAAACAAAAAUCUAAAUUUUAUAACAAGUUUGAAAACUACUCAUUUGCACCACUAGAUUUUUAUUUAUAGAUAUUUAUAUUUGCAAGAUUUUAACAGGUUAACUUUAAAGUUAGUAGUGUUAGAAUUUUUAUUAGAUGCCUUUAGUAGAACAAAUACAAGUAUCCGUGCGGUGAAUGGUCUUACUCUAUGCUGUUAUGCUGAAUACAUUCUUCAUAUUAUUGACAUUCCAUCAUAUCGAAUGCUAAUGGUUAUCCAAGUGCCCAAAAACAAUCAAAUCAAUUUAAGUGCCAAGGUUUUUCUCAGGAAGUGUAUCCCAAAAAAAGCGAAAAAUCGACAUAAUAGGCUUGUUUGACUUCAUGCGGCGGCGCAAAAACUGACAGGCGGAUGACGUCAAAGCACCGCGAGAAUGAUUCGAAAAAUCAUGGAGAACGCUUAAUUUCGCGCUACUUUUACGUCAUCUGCCUGCCUUUUCAAGUUGGCAUGUGAUGUGUAGUUUGACAGCCUAAGAAUCUCUAAGGGCUGUGAAAUGUGGGUUGUAAACAUCACACAUCAGUCACCACGGUAACUUAUUUGGUUAAGAAAAGAGCUGUCGUAACACUUUUAUUUUUUAAAUACAGAUCGUAACCUUAACUUGCACAUCUGUUGACCAAAACACGUAAACCAUUCCACGCAGUUUCAAACAUUCCUGUUUUUACGACAAGCUUGAGAAAUAUAGUUAUUCCACUGACAAGUGCCUGAGGUGGCGAUGCCUUUGAAUGCUGACUCACCCCUCUUAAAAGAAGCAUCGUGUUUGAAGGGGUGAUUGUUGUUUGCAUGCCCAUUUGCCAUGCAAAUAUUCCAUCCCUACAUACCCCCAAACACUGAGAUAUGCGCCAAACAAAAUAUCGUCGGAGAUAAAAACUAAUGUGUUGGUCAGUAUGGAAACCAAGUCCUGACAGCAGAAUAAACGCAAUCGAUGAUUAAUCGUUGUUGAUGUAGCCCGGAGCGAGGAGGAACGCCUCGGACAUACGAUGCAGCACGUCAGCGACGCUGAUACUCCCAAACAGUAAAGAGGUCACUGAGAGGUCUUAAACCAAAUGUCACCAUAGGGUUCCUCAUUCUUGACCAAUCCUUUAUUGCAGAUAAGAGAUGUUGCUGUUGUCAGAUAAAUGACCUUUUUACGAUUAACUUACCAGAGGAACCGAGAAGACUAAGGUUACGUCAAAUCCUUUUCUCUAAGCCGUGUCCUCUAGCCAUAGUUCCCUAAACACUUUGUCCAUUUGACACAUUUAUAAUGAAAUUAAAUGCCUUUUUCAAAAUAUUACAAUUAAAAUAAGUCAAUUUUAAAUCAAUCUAAACCGAUUUAGGGCUAAAGUCACAUACUCAAGCCAAGACAUGAGACUAGGACUCCCCCUGCUGGUGUGGUGCUGUAUUAUAUAACCAACGAACAAAAUAAACUGACCAAGUUCAUUUUUUUUUACAUUUCAUGCCAUAUUUGUGUGAAGUCAACAUAUCGGGGAGCUCUAGUGGUGUCAUACGCAUACUUAUAUUUAUAUAUUGUUUUUGUUACAUUUUGCACAAGAACACUAAAUGUAGCUGCAUUGUUUUCUUUUCGUGUUUGUUUGGCUGUACCUCUCAUUCUUUUGGUGAUGUAGUGGUUCACUGUAAUGUAAGCUAAGCUCGUGUUGCCGUGUAAAAAUGUGCAAAUGUUUUCAGGGUAUGUUCUCCAUCUCUCUAGGAAAAUAAAUCUCUGAAACGAG